AUGAGCUCUCCGAGCGCCACUCCCGGUGCUGGCAAGCCUCAGCCUUCCGCAAACAAGGGCAAGCCGACAUACAUCGCCUCCUCAGGCAACGUGCUCGAGACACCACCCCUCAGUGCCCGCUUCGCUCGCUUCACUGAUUCGGUUUACAACUUCCUCGGUCUCUACAUCGUCUCACUCUUCUCCCUUGACGCCUACGCCGCCGCACAGAAUAGCCAGUUCAAUACUGUCGGAAGACCAAAUGCCUACCAGGAGAGGGCUAGAUGGGGAGGGGUGAACAGAGCCGGCAAUGGUGGUUCGGGUGGUGGUGGGAGUGGCUGGGGUAGUGGGGGUAACAACGACGGACGAGGUCCUGGUGGUGGGGGUGGACCGGCGAGAAGAUUGGGCCGUGUCGACGAUGUCAGAGGGCCGGAGUGUGGGAGCUGCCAGUGA